CAAGCGUGCAUUUACUCUGAGUUUAGUGACCAAAUGUGCCGAACGUAUGCUAUCACGUGAUAGCUAGCUUGUUCUUUUAAAAGGGUAGAGUUCGGGUGGUCAGUGGAGUGACAGUGGAGUGACAGAGAUAGCAGAAUGGCAGAUUGCAGCAAAACAGAGAAGGUUGAGCUGCAUGUUCCGAAACUGGAAGAAUUGUGUGAAGUUCUGCAGGAUGGCCUGAAAAAGAACUUUGCCGACUCGAAGGUCAGUGUGGUGGACUGUCCCGAUCUCUCGCAGGAUCCGUUUAGAUUCCCUGUGAAGGGACUGUGUGGUAAACCUCGAAUAACGGAUGUUGGCGGUGUUCCCUAUUUAGUACCUCUGGUGCAGCGGGAUAAGGUGUACAACAUGAACACUGUUGCCAAAGAGGUCGAACUGCCUGGAGCUUUCAUUCUGGGAGCAGGGGCUGUCUCUUCGAAGGCUGUAGGAAUGAACGCAGAACUGAUGCCUCUGGUUCUUACGGAGACAGAAGAAAAACCGGCUGUGAACGGCAGCUACUUCGCCUCCAUUAACCCCGCUGACGGGAAAUGCCUGCAGGAGAAAUACAACGACAAGUGCUCGGACUGCGAUUUCGGACUCCUCGCCAACCUGUAUGCGUGCGAGGGCAAGCCCGGGAAGGUGAUCGAGGUGAGGGCCAACAGACGGACUGGAGGGGACAGUCUGGUGACGUGUUUGAGGAAAGCCAUGGAGACUCACUACAGCGAUAAAAGCUUGGCUCUCGGGGGAACCUUUGUGAUACAGAAAGGGCAAGCCAAGAUUCACAUCAUGCCACGGGAGUUUUCAGCCUGCCCUCUCAACACCAACGAGGAUGUGAACAAGUGGCUAGAACACUUCAACGUGAGCGCUCCCCUCAUCUGCCAGUCCGUGCUGGUGUCCAGAGACCCUGGGUUGGACCUGCGUGUGGAGCACACUCACUGUUUCAGUCACCACGGUGAGGGAGGACACUACUACAUCGACACUACACCAGACACCGUGGAAUACGUCGGCUACUUCCUGCCGGCAGAGUUCGUCUACCGCGUGGAUCGUCCCCAGACCACCCACGUGAUUGGACGGGAUUGAAAAUAAUUCUUAAUAUAUUAAUACUCUUAUUGGAUCAAAGGUUCCAUUAUCGAGUCACAUUGCAGUGAGCCACACAAAUUAAUUUAGUCCUAUGUGAUGGCCUUUCAAUUUGUAAAUUCAUAGUGUGGUCUGUUCUUGGUCUGCUACAUUUUUGGCUAUUGCUGAGCUCACCAGUGCAUUCUUGCUUAUUAGCAAUACUGCAUAGCAGUAACUGUUGAUUUUAACACACUAAAUGGUUUGGGUAUGUCUCAAAUUAUUCUGGUUUUUCAGCCUCAUGAUGGCUUGUUUUAUUGGCAUUAACACUUCUCAUGUUGAGAGACAACCGCAACAGACUCCAAAUGCAAAUGCCACACCUUGAAUCAACACUAGACCUUUUGUUAGCUUUCUUCUGCAUGAACUAAUGGAUGCAGAUGCCCUCAAAUUGGCAGUUUGUAUUUUAAUAUAACUUUAUGUUCAUUAUUUUAUUGCGAAUCCAAUGUGCUGGAGUACAGAGCCAAAACAACAAACAGCCCUGUCCAAAUACUUAUGGACCACACCGUAUAUUGAUCUUAGAUUUGUCUGUGGAAAUUUCACAUUGUAAUAGUCUAUUGUUUGUCAGACAAAUUAUAAUGUUACUAUAUCUUGUCACUCAUUUUUCCAAGUUGCUUUAUAAAAUGUUUACAUUCCUCAA